UGGGACGCUCGAAUCAGAUACAAAUCUCGAGUACAAGAGUGAAUGUUCUUAAUCACUUUUUUUCUUUUCUUUUCGAAAGAGUGUCAUUCAUUUAACAAAUAAAGACCCUUUGCGCUUACGAAUUUUUAUCAAAUAUAAAACGAGAGGGACACUCAAUAUAGGUUAUAUAUUCUCUAGUUUUAUUUUUAUUAAAAAUUUGUAAUCGGUUUUAUAUAUUUACCCACUGUCUUUGUGGUGGUACAUUUUUAUACCUAAACAUGUUUGGGACUGCGAUCAGGCGCCUUGCUCGGAAGCCAAAACCUCCGAUGAAACCUAUAGAGCUCAAUACCCCACCUGAGCAGACUCAGACCAUCACCAGGGCCAUCUUCGACAUCGUCAAGGAGCACGGUCCUCUCACCAUUUCCGAAACCUGGGAUCACGUCAAGCAAGUUGGGUUGAGAGGAUUGACGAGUAAGAGGCACAUGAAGAUAGUGCUGAGGUGGAUGAGGGAGAGGCAGAAGCUCAGAUUGAUAUGCAACCAUGUAGGGGCUCAGAAGCAGUUUCUGUACACCACUUGGUUUACAAAGCACAACAACUUAAGAAGCCAAAGCCAGGAAGUGAUUCUCCACAGCCCAAGUCCCCUUGAAGUCUUGUGGAUUUUCUUACUAGCUCAGCAGUUUUGUUCUGAGUGGUAAUAAAAAAAAUUGAAUUGUUUUGCUGCAAUGGAAAACUUAAUCUAAGUUAUUAGUUGUAAUUUUUCUUUUUACUUUUUAACAUGUCAGUGAUUCUUAAUUUUACUUUUAAUCCAAGCAAUUUUUAUAAAAAAGAAGAUUUGAACUCCAA